ACCCUCCCAUUUGGAGAUCUCCGGUCUGCAGAGAUACAUCGGCUACUUGGCAGGGCAAUUAUGAAACAGAUUUUUGAAGGCUAGGCCACUGAAAAUACUGCACAUAGUCCUAAAUUAUUCACGCGGGUCCACGCCUGUCGUAUAGCCUAUUAACGAUCAUUUUUAUGAUUAUGAGAUCAACAUGAGAUGAUCAAACAAUAUCCGUGAUGAACAGUGUAUCAGUGAGAUUAUUUCUAAAGGAGAAGCCUCGUUUUUGUCAGCGAGGGCUGAAAUAGGUCACUGCCACCCCGUGGUAACAUUAGCAGGAUUAAUAUUGGCGGAUUAUCACUGUGUUAACUGUCAGCCUGCCUGUUAGAGCAGGUGAUUCAUGCAUGUAGGCUAAAAUUUCCACAUGGGCUGUUCCUCCAGCUUGCUUUACGGAAUGUGGCAAACUAAUGUCGUCCUUUGGUUACAUAUGAGCACCAGGUGAAUGGCGUUUAUAUCUUGGAGACCAGGGCGCAGAGGGAAUAUCCGUGUAGGAAUAGUGCCUUUUGAGAAAUACUCGUUCGUUGAAUAAAUAUGACGAGUCUUAGUCAGCAGUGAGGUAAAACAAAAAACAAACAAACGUGGAUUUAAUGGGACUGGACAUCGGGGCACUGGGGGUUUUUGCGGUGAAGAGUCGCUCAGGAAGCCGCGGCGCUGUAACGUACUUCACACAUCCAUCAAGAAACUGUUGCUCCUCUCUAAACACCCCGCCGGCGAUGGUGUCGUUGCACGCGGACUACUUUAAAGUCCACAGCAAUGCAUUUUCAGCGCAGUUUGUGACUCACGGGAACCGGAUAUAAGCUCGUUCAUCACGCUCGGAUCAGAGUAAAGCCGCGGUGUGAGGAGGACAGCAGCACCCGGAUGUUGCCGCAAGCGCUCCAUGGCGCUCAGGGAACUACGCGAGGAGGCACUUUUUCUUUCCAGCGCGUGGAUUAACGGCGCGGAUAGCGAUCUAAAGCGCGUCUACUGGCUCCUGCGGUGAAGCCGGUUCAUCAAACGGACUUUUCAAUGCGGAGGAAGGCAUGGACGAGCCAGAGGAACCGACUGAAGGGGCAAGCUAUGCUAUCAGCACACGGGCCCCUUCCUCUGGCGAUGCUCCUCCCCUUUGGACAGAAAGCCCCUCCCUCUCCAGACAGUCACUCCCCCAGUCUGGUGCUCUGUCCUGGCAAGCUGCGAUCACUGCGGCGAGAAACGCCAGGGCCGACGGCACCCAGACCAUAAGUACAUCGGACAGCGCUCCAAUAGGCUCGCUGUCGCAGAGGAAGAGGCAGCAGUAUGCCAAGAGCAAGAAGCAGGGUAGCGCCACCAAUAGCAGGCCACCGCGGGCGCUCUUCUGCCUCACCCUCAACAACCCUAUACGCCGGGCCUGCAUCAGCCUGGUGGAGUGGAAACCCUUUGAUAUCUUUAUAUUGCUCUCUAUUUUUGCCAACUGCGUGGCCUUAGCUAUUUACAUCCCCUUCCCUGAAGACGAUUCCAAUUCAACUAAUCACGACCUGGAGACAGUAGAAUAUGCCUUCCUGAUUAUUUUUACUAUCGAGACCUUUCUGAAGAUCAUAGCCUACGGACUGGUAAUGCACCAGAACUCCUACGUUAGGAACGGCUGGAACAUGCUGGAUUUCAUUAUAGUCAUAGUGGGGCUGUUCAGUGUGGUUCUGGAGCUGAUGACCAAAGAGGGAGAUUCAGGUCAGUCCGGAGGGAAGCCGGGUGGCUUUGAUGUCAAAGCUUUGCGAGCUUUCCGCGUGCUCCGACCGCUCCGGCUCGUCUCAGGAGUACCCAGUUUACAGGUUGUGCUGAAUUCUAUUAUUAAAGCCAUGGUUCCUUUGCUGCACAUUGCUCUGCUUGUGCUCUUCGUCAUCAUCAUCUAUGCCAUCAUUGGCCUGGAGCUCUUCAUCGGGAAGAUGCAUGCCACCUGUUACAUGAAUGGCACACGUAUAUUAGCAGAGGAAGACCCUAGCCCCUGCACUCUGUCAGGUCAUGGACGCCACUGUACUGUUAACGGUAGCGUCUGUAGAGAUGGCUGGCAAGGGCCCAAUAACGGCAUCACCAACUUUGACAACUUCCUGUUCGCAAUGCUGACUGUGUUCCAGUGCAUCACCAUGGAGGGCUGGACGGAAGUGCUGUACUGGAUGAAUGAUGCCAUGGGUUAUGAGCUGCCAUGGGUCUACUUCGUCAGUCUGGUCAUCUUUGGUUCCUUCUUCGUCCUCAAUCUCGUUUUGGGUGUUCUUAGUGGAGAGUUCUCUAAGGAGCGUGAGAAAGCUAAGGCACGUGGAGAUUUCCAGAAGUUGCGAGAGAAGCAGCAGCUGGAGGAGGACCUGAAAGGCUACCUGGACUGGAUCACUCAGGCUGAGGAUAUUGACCCAGAAAAUGAUGAGGAUGGAGACCAAGAGGGAAAACGCAACCGGGUGACGAUGGCCGAUCUCACCCAGGAGAAGAAGGCAGGGAAGUCGGGCUGGUUCAGUCAGUCCACAGAGACUCAGGCGAGUAUGCCAACUAGUGAGACUGAGUCUGUUAACACAGACAGUCCAAACGGAGAUGACGACAAGAUCUGCUGUUGUGGACCCGUCUGUCAAAAAAUUACUAAGUCAAAGUUCAGGUCAGUAAACAACCGUAGCUGGCGACGCUGGAACAGGUUCUAUCGCAGGAAGUGCAGAGCGGCGGUGAAAUCUACCGCUUUCUACUGGCUGGUGAUUGUCCUGGUGUUCCUGAACACACUCACCAUAUCCUCUGAACACUACAACCAGCCUGUUUGGAUCACUGAAGUACAAGAUGUAGCCAACAAGGUGCUGCUGGCCAUGUUCACCUGCGAGAUGCUGAUUAAGAUGUACAGCCUGGGCCUGCAGGCGUAUUUCGUGUCUCUGUUCAACCGCUUCGACUGUUUCGUGGUGUGCGGCGGCAUCGUGGAGACCAUCCUCGUAGAGCUGGAGAUCAUGUCACCUCUCGGCAUCUCCGUGUUCCGCUGCGUCCGGCUGCUCCGCAUCUUUAAAGUCACCCGGCACUGGGCAUCUCUGAGUAACUUAGUUGCCUCUCUGCUGAACUCCAUGAAGUCCAUUGCCUCCUUGUUACUGCUGCUCUUCCUCUUCAUCAUCAUCUUCAGUCUGCUGGGCAUGCAGCUUUUUGGUGGCAAAUUCAACUUUGAUGAAACAGUGACUAAAAGGAGCACCUUUGACAACUUCCCUCAGGCCUUGCUCACUGUCUUUCAGAUCCUGACAGGUGAGGACUGGAACGCAGUGAUGUAUGAUGGGAUCAUGGCAUACGGAGGGCCUUCCUCUUCAGGCAUGAUGGUGUGCAUCUACUUCAUCAUCCUUUUCAUCUGUGGAAACUACAUCCUACUGAAUGUAUUCUUGGCCAUUGCCGUGGACAACUUGGCUGAUGCUGAGAGCCUGAACUCGGCACAGAAAGAGCAAGAGGAGGAGAACAGGAGGAAGAAAAGAGCCAGGAAAGGCAGCGUGGACAAGAAAGAAGAGGAUAAAGGAGCCGAAGAUGGAGAAACCAAGGGCGUAUUAGAGGAGGACACAGCGGAUGAGGAAAGAGAGGCAGUGAAUUCUACAGAUGUGGACGAUGACACAGAUGUCCCAUCAGAACCCCGUCCUCAGAGGCUGUCGGACUUUAGCCUCAAGGAGAAGGUUCCACCCAUUCCAGAGGGCACCGCUUUCUUUAUUUUCAGCCACACAAAUCCGUUCCGAGUGGGCUGCUAUCGUCUGAUCAACCACCAGAUCUUCACCAACAUUACCCUUGUCUUCAUCAUGCUUAGCUCCUUCUCGCUGGCAGCCGAGGAUCCCAUUCGGAGCCUCUCUGCACGGAACAUCAUUCUUGGUUAUUUUGACUAUGCCUUCACAGCUAUCUUUACAGUAGAGAUCCUACUGAAGGUCCUAGGCUAUGCCGAUUAUGUCUUCACUAGUAUAUUUACCUUUGAGAUCAUUUUAAAGAUGACGGCUUACGGCGCAUUCCUGCACAAAGGAGCGUUCUGCAGAAACUACUUCAACCUGCUGGAUUUGCUAGUUGUUGGAGUCUCUUUGGUGUCCUUUGGCAUACAGUCCUCAGCCAUUUCCGUUGUGAAGAUUCUGAGAGUACUGCGAGUGCUUCGUCCCCUUAGAGCCAUCAACAGGGCCAAAGGACUGAAACAUGUCGUGCAGUGCGUGUUUGUGGCCAUCAGAACCAUCGGCAACAUCAUGAUCGUCACCACUCUGCUACAGUUUAUGUUCGCAUGUAUUGGGGUGCAGCUCUUCAAGGGGAAGUUUUACCGCUGUUCAGACGAAGCCAAGCUGAAUAAAGAAGAAUGCCAGGGGAUGUUCAUACAGUACAAUAUUGGUGAUAAUGCAUUACCACAAGUGCAGCUGAGGAAGUGGAACAACAGCGAAUUCAACUUUGACAACGUCCUGAAUGCUAUGAUGGCUCUCUUCACUGUGUCCACCUUUGAAGGCUGGCCAACUCUCUUAUACAAGGCUAUAGACUCCAACCGAGAAAACAUGGGGCCCAUCUACAACUACCGCAUCGAGGUCUCCAUCUUCUUCAUCAUCUACAUCAUCAUCAUCGCCUUCUUCAUGAUGAAUAUCUUUGUGGGUUUCGUCAUUGUCACCUUCCAGGAGCAGGGAGAGAAGGAGUACAAGAACUGUGAGCUGGACAAAAACCAGCGUCAGUGCGUGGAGUACGCUUUAAAAGCUCGUCCACUGCGGAGGUAUAUUCCAAAAAACCACUACCAGUAUAAGUUCUGGUAUGUCGUCAAUUCCACUGGGUUCGAAUAUGUCAUGUUCAUUCUCAUCAUCCUUAACACACUCUGUCUGGCUGUUCAGCAUCAUGGCCAGUCUUAUCGCUUUAAUUAUGCUAUGGACAUUCUCAACAUGAUGUUCACGGGAGUCUUCACAGUGGAAAUGAUUCUUAAACUCAUCGCCUUCAAACCCAGGCACUAUUUUACCGAUGCAUGGAACACGUUUGAUGCCUUAAUUGUUGUUGGUAGCGUCGUUGACAUUGCAAUCACAGAGAUCAAUCAAACCGAAGCUCCAAUAGUGGCAGUGGAGCAAGGGAACACAGAGGAUAGCGGACGAAUUUCAAUCACAUUCUUUCGUCUGUUUCGAGUCAUGCGUUUGGUCAAGCUGCUGAGCAGAGGAGAGGGAAUUCGGACACUGCUCUGGACUUUCAUCAAGUCAUUUCAGGCUCUGCCGUAUGUCGCUUUGCUGAUAGCCAUGCUCUUCUUCAUCUACGCAGUAAUCGGGAUGCAGGUGUUCGGGAAGAUCGCAAUGGAUGACACCGCCCAAAUUAAUCGCAACAACAACUUCCAGACUUUUCCACAAGCUGUACUCCUGCUGUUUAGGUGUGCUACAGGAGAAGCUUGGCAGGAGAUCAUGCUUGCAUGUAUGCCUGGUAGACUGUGUGACAAUGAAUCCGAAAUCACCCCUGGAGAGGAGAGAUCGUGUGGCAGUAGUUUUGCAAUCAUCUACUUCAUCAGCUUCUACAUGCUCUGUGCUUUUCUGAUCAUCAAUUUGUUUGUGGCUGUCAUUAUGGACAAUUUUGACUACCUGACACGCGAUUGGUCGAUCCUUGGGCCGCAUCACCUGGACGAAUUCAAACGGAUUUGGUCUGAAUAUGACCCAGAGGCAAAAGGCAGGAUUAAACACUUGGAUGUUGUGACAUUAUUGCGGAGGAUUCAGCCACCUCUGGGCUUCGGUAAACUCUGUCCUCACAGGGUGGCGUGUAAGAGGCUGGUUGCCAUGAACAUGCCGCUGAACAGUGAUGGGACUGUCAUGUUCAAUGCCACCCUUUUCGCUCUGGUCCGAACGGCUCUGAAGAUCAAAACUGAAGGAAAUUUGGAACAGGCCAAUGAGGAACUGAGGGCUGUCAUCAAGAAGAUCUGGAAGAGAACUAGUUCAAAACUCCUGGAUCAAGUGGUUCCACCUGCAGGAGAUGACGAGGUAACAGUGGGAAAGUUCUAUGCCACUUUCCUGAUACAGGACUACUUUAGGAAAUUCAAGAAACGCAAAGAGCUAGGUCUUGUGGGACGACACCCUGCCAGUCAUAACACCGCCAUUGCGCUACAGGCUGGUCUGCGGACACUGCAUGACAUAGGCCCUGAGAUUCGCAGAGCCAUAUCAUGUGACCUGCAAGAUGAAGACCUGGUAGACUUUAACCCUGAUGAAGAAGAAGACAUAUACCGGAGAAAUGGUGGCCUCUUUGGAAACCAUGUCAAUCAUGUAAACGGGGAUCACAGAGGCUCGUCCACCUCCACUAAUGUCACCCAGCGACCCCUCCAUGUCCCACCCCUUCCCUUCUACGUGCAGGUUGAGCCUCCUCCACAGCCCCUUUAUGCUCAAAAUCGCCCAUAUUCAAACCCCAACCUGUACUUCAAGUCCCCCAAGUCCUCAAACUCCAACCUCAACAAUGCCAAUGUGCCAUGCAUGCCUGUCCUGACCAACGGAGGGCAAUACUGCCCUCCCACAGAUCGACCCGCCCGAAGCCGGGUGUCUUCCCUGGGUUCCUACCUCAACCUCAGGAGUGAUGCAGAAUCACAGCGAAAGUCUCAUUUUAAGAGACCACGAUACUAUGAGACCUAUAUUAGGUCAGACUCAACAGCUGGUUUUUACCCCACUAUCUGCCGACAAACCUCGGUCCAGGGUGAUGUCAGCGAUGAUGACAAAGCUUCAGUGGAGUAUUACAGUGGGGAGGAGUUUCAGGAGGAUGACCUCAUGCUGGCUGGGGACAGGAGGUCAUAUAGAGAGUAUCAGGAUACAGUUAGCAGUUUGGAGUCGAACCCUCCUCAUGAGAACCAAGACCCCGAGUGUUUCAAUGACGAUGAUGAGCAGCCCAUUUGCCAGGAACCUAAGAAAUCUCCCAUGAGAAGACUUCUGCCCUCAACACCUCAGGCUCCUCAUAGACCUUCCUUCAACUUUGAGUGUCUGUGCAGACAAAGAAGCCAGGAUGAGUCUCCUCAUUCUCCCUCCUUUCAUCAGCACACUGCUCUACCUCUGCAACUGAUACAGCAUCAGGUGAUGGCUGUAGCCGGCCUAGACUCCAGCCGAGCACGACUCUCUCCUACAUGCUCGAUCCACUCAUGGUCCACGCCCCCGGACACGCCCCCAUCCUACACCCCUCUCAUCCAGGUGGACUGGCAUGGAGCUCCACCCAGUGCCAGCAGCACUCCAGCAUUGGCUCGUCGCAGCUCGUGGUACACCCAGAAGGGCCAUGAUUGGUCACCUAAAUCGGUCACACCCACUUCCUCCCUCUUACAGAUUCCACCCGCCUACAGCAGUCAGUAUCUGCAGCAGAGAGGCAGCGCUCAUAGUCUGGUGGAGGCAGUGUUGAUAUCGGAGGGACUGGGAAAAUAUGCAAAGGACCCAAAUUUUGUGGCAGCAGCCAAACACGAGAUCGCAGAUGCAUGUGAGCUGACUAUAGAUGAAAUGGAAAGCGCAGCUAGCAACUUGCUAAACGGAAGUCUGGGCAAUUGCAUGGGAUCAGAUGGCACCGGCACGCCCCAGAGCAUCAUAGGCCACAGUCUCCACAACUACAGCGAUGAGGAGACAGAGACAAACAGUAAAUACGAGGAGGACCUCACAGACGAAAUUAUAUGCAUCUCAAAUUUAUAGCAUUUGCUAAAAAAAAAAAAAAAAACAAAAAAAAAAGAUGAAAGGAGAAGAAAUAGUGCCUUCUAGGGGAGUGGAGACAAACAACUCUCUGGGCCGAUCAACAAGCAAAAUUCUAUCCCAUUCUACAGCUGUCACCUAACUGGGACAUGGGCUUGCUGCAGAAAAAAAAUUAGACACAAGAAAUGUGAGCUCUCAACUGUAUGUAUGCGUGUGCAUGUGUGUGUUUCUCAACAGCUUUUUACAAGAAUAUUUUUCCACAUUCUUUACAUAUCAACCAAAAAAAACAACAAAAAAACACAGUCUAUUUGCGGUCAUAUCCCUCUCCAUUGCCUUACCCCACAUACACAAAAGCUAGUAAUUAGCUUCGAUACACUGCCAUUCAUUGUCCAUUCCCAGUGUCACUCAAAACAAGUCAACGAAACACCCAGAUAUAACUGUUAAAGCAAUAUCACCCCGUCACCCUGUUAUCAAACUUGAAAAACACACCUCUACUGCAUAUACAUAAGGGAGAAUCUGACAACGAAGCAUCAAAUCUAGCCAAGGUUCUCCCUGUAAUUACGCAUUACAUUAAAGAAAGCAAAUAUUUUAGCACAAACAGAGUAAUAUUACACCCAGAACUAAAAGUAUUUCUGAAGAGUCUAGCCAUGGCUUGAGCCAGUGUGAAUGCAAGAUGCGCACGAUAUACAGAAGAUCCACUCUGUCCUUCUAAUAUGAUGCCUUUAAGAAAACAAUGGAAAAAUCCUUUUUCUCUGCAAAGUUCUUUUACUCAGUUUAUGAUUAGUAAAGAAGGUCCCACUGCAUACAUAUAAAUUGGUCCAUUUCAGAAGUAAGUCACAUUAGAAGGUGUGUUUCUGUGCAUAUUGUGUGCAUAAUAAGUACGUGAACAGAGUUACGCGUUACCAAAUGCUGCUUUACAAGCCAUUUUGUACCACUGAGUGACAUUCAAACGCCAUUUCUUUUCACAAACAUGUUGAUGUAGUGUAGGCCAUGUUUUCAUGCUUUAUACCUUUUAAAAUUACGUUUUAUUUUUGCAUGGUUUUGAAGAACGUGUGUGAAAGCUCCUGCUGUCUUCAUCACACACUCCUACUCCUCAGGUGACCAGUCAUGUGAAGUUACUACCUACACACAUCUGCACUACCCAAGAGCUGCUAACUCCACACUGCACCUCUGCUACCUCUACCAGUCAGGCUCUAGUGUAAUGUCAGCAUGUUCCCUUAGGGACCAAAGACAUUGGGAUGGGGAGUGAAACAGUUAUUGCCCUUUUUUGUUAAAAUCAACUGUCACAACAGCUGCAUGAGUGUGUCAUACAUACCGCCGUUUUAUGAGCUGCUCUCUGAUUACGCUGUCCGAAUAAACAGGGUUCAUCAUUCACACUAAACAGAGUAAAUUAAUGAAGAAUAAUUUAUUAUAUAUUAUAUGACAAUAAAUGAAUUAAAUUAAGCAUAAAUUAAAGUGCGUGCCAGCUCGAAUGCUAUUAUUAGCAUGACACUAAACAGCCUUCGAUUAAUCUCUCUAAAGGUUAUGUCUAAACAGUUGGAGACACACUGUGGUGUAACCACAGACUCCUUGUGAGUUCUAAAUGUCACUUAGACAGCUCAAAGCCUUCACAAAGAGUUAUGUAAUAACUUAAUAACUCGCUGUUUAUGGUAUAGCGUUUUGAGAAGUUAAACAAUUCUCAACACUCAACACAAGCAAUGCCAUCCAAGCCAGUAAACAUCUCUUAACUAAAUAACAGAUACAAUUAUGCUUCAACUAAUUGCCAACCUACUGAAUAUGUCCAGUUAUUUAAAGCCACAUUCUGUUUCAAAUCUCCUAACUGCCAGGUGCAGGGAGAAUCACCUGGACAUGUUCUUGAGUGUGAGAACAACAUUCAAGGGACAUGUUUUGCUGCAUUAGCAAUAGAUAUCGCUGACAUACAGCCAUAUUUCCCUUGUGCAUUUGAUCCACUAUGUGUACAUCAUAUAGAGCCAUAAACGUUUUCUGUCCUCUAAAUUUGGGGAUACACUCACCAAGGCAGAGGAGGCUAUUUUUUUUUUUUAAAUAUACUUUCCUACUACCUUUUUCCAUAGAAUGCCACAGAAAUGAUACCUAUUAUCUUUGAGUUGGCCUUCACUACUUAGCAUUGCAAGCCAUUGCGCAGGAAUUGGUUUUCCCUUCUUACAAUGGACCCCUUGUUCUCUCCAAUUGGGCUGUACUACACACUUUUUUUCUUCUUUUCUUUUUUCUUUUUUUUUUUUUUUUUUAUAAGACUUGUGUUUGUGCAGCCAGUGUCUGAAUUGUAAGGAAGACAAAGACUGGUACUAGCUAUGUGCUCACUGCCUCAUUGCUGCAAUAGUGAAGCUAAUGCUGUUACAGUGCACUUGACUGGACCAUACAGUUGAACCCCAGGCUGAGUAGGACCUGGAAAUACGUCUGGGUCGGUCAAUGCUAGGAUGCAGGAACCGGAACAGGCAGCCAUUUAAAUUGGUCAUGGCUUGAGUUGGAUAGGAUAGUGCUAGGCAACCCUGCAGGACCUGGUGCACGCGUUUGCACAAUGCUGGCCUCAGUGCAACGUUAGUUAGUUGAGAUUUAAAGAGAGAUUUGGACAGAUAAGUAAUAUAAUAAUAUAAUCUAACCUGAAGCUGAUGCAUGUAUGCCUGCACAAAGCACUAUAUGCAGAUACCCUCUGCUGAAUGCCGGUGCACUGACGGCAUACAUCACAUCAUCUGUGGCAUGCACUGGAAAUAUCUAGCUGUCUUAAUGUUAAGAUUGGAGCAGUCAUUCUAACCUACAAAAAUGGAUCCCUCAGAAAGGGAUAGGCUGGGACAUCCAUGACAAGAUAUGGGUUUAUGCAUGGCUUCAGGUGUAGUUAAUACAGUCCUUUGCUUGACUAGAAUUACAGAACAAUGGCCAAAUGUGCAGUCACCACAUCCUGGCUCGGUAUACCAUCACUGAGUUUUAUCAGCCUUACACAAGUCUUAGACAGGUCAUAACCUCAGGCCACAAGCAGGUGUCUGAGUGCCUCCCAUCCAUGUAGAAACCUGCUCUACUAAAGCUUUGGCAAUUUUACAGACAUUGUUUAUGAGGCAGUGCGAGCACAUCAGAUCAUCAGACCAGCGUUGCCUGGGGUUAAAUACAAACUGCAGUUCCCCCACUGACCCCAACAUUUUGGAAUCAGGACAUGGCAUCAACCUCAGACCCAGAAAUGUUAUUGUGCUGACCCAAGAAUCUUUCUCUCAGGAAAAAGGCAGGACCAAAAAGAAUCCUGCAGUUCAAGACAUUGAGUUUUAAUCAACGUAACGUAGAACAGUGGUUUUCAACAAACUGUAUAUUUGAGAAUUUUAAAUGAUUUCUUCUGCUAAGGUUGUCAAACAUGCUCUGAAACUACAGGACAGGUUCACAUUGCUGGACCUGUGUGAUGUUUAUUUUCAUGCCCCAGAACACACUUCUACUUCUUAAGGUACAUUUUAAGGUUUGCCUUCUUAGAACACAGGUCCUAAGGAGACUUUCCAUGAAUGUUAAAUGUAUAGACUGGAUCGCUCACGUUGCCUGGAAGCUGACUAUUCAUCAGAUACAGCAAGAAGAACCCAAGUUAUACGUGUCUGCCACUUCAUCUUUAAGGUCAUCUUUUUGUAACUAUGCAACAUGCCAAACUGAAAUGAGCAUUUUUGCUGACAACCACUGCUUUUUCUUGUUAAUGAUCACUGAGAACUGUAUACGCUGUUGAUUAUUUCACCUUGGAUGCAUUGGAGGUCAGAUUAUUCUGGGACUGGGGUUGAAUCCAGGAUUCCUGACCAAGGCAUUUCAGGCAUUCUUGUCAAUCAGUCAAUUAACUUUGCAGCAUUCCCUGAAGGCGAAUCUGCAAAGCCAUCCUUGCUGUGCCUGGUACGCACUCUAUGGUUCUAUUUAUACUGGAUGGCAGCUAUCCAGUGAUCAGAUCAUCUGUUCAUCUGGCAUGAAGGACAGAUAUAAGGGGCUCCCUUGUCUAAGCAGAGACCGGCCCACUAGGUGUUGGACACAUCAUUAAGACAUACAGAUGGGUCAGAUGCCCAACCUCAUGAUAUGCCACUCUAAGGGAAGUGUCCCCUCCUCUUGGGCAGUAUUCUUGAGGAGUGCUACUCCAGGUAUUCUGUGCUAUUUCCACCUUUCUCCAGGUUCGACAAGGUUAAUGCCAUCCCUCCAGGGAUGCAAAUGUGGUGGUCAUCUGUGAUUACCUUUCUUAUUAGUCUUAAGGUGAGUCCAAGUCCUUCCUUGUAACGUUGAAUCUUGGUGAUUCUCACAACUCCUGGCAGUUACAAGGAGGAAAAGCUAAGAACAAGAAGAACUAAGCGAGAAAGUUCCAAGGACAAGUGGCAGUAUGACAGUGGUAUUUAUUAGAAAUUUAUGGCCUCAUGGUCUCAUAUGCCACUUUGUGAAUUUAAUAAUGUAUCCAGGUGAUUCUCGCUGCACUAGACUGUUAUCUGGGGUUCAUUAAAACUACAGUUACAUAUGUAACUACCAUUAUGAAAACAGUUUCCAGUAUUUUAUUCAGGUUUGGCUUAUAUCAUUUUUUUUUUUUGUUCUAAACUCUUUGCCAGCCAUAAGGAUAUAAGAAAGCUAUAACAGGUACUAACCCAUUUUUAAAGGGUAUAAACUCCAAGGAUGUUUGUUUUUGACAAAUGAAACCUGACUUAUUGUCUGAGCCAUAGAGCUUUUUUCAUACUUUCACACUUGCCUAGAGAUAUUUGAAACUAAAAACUGCUUUUUGCACUUUUCAUGCUACUGUACACAAAGACAAUCUUUUAUAAAGCCCAUUUGAUGAAAUGUCAUGUUACAUCACAACUUUGUUGGUCCAGGGUGUGGACAUAUCAUAGUUUUGUACUGCACAGUCAGUUUAUAUGCUCCAUUUGAAAAGGCUUGUCAUCUCGUAUUUGACUAAAACUCCAGGGAUGAAUUCUGUUUAAAGGAAAAAAAAAAAAAAAAAAAAAAUGAGCGAGAUGCUGGGAAUACUGCAUCCGUCACUCACUGCCAUGCCACAUUCACUGAUUCAGUCAUGAAUUGUGUUUGUAUUAUUUUUCUGCAUAAUACAUCUGCAUCACUGGCAUAGCACGAAUGCUUGAAACCUGCACAAAGCCAAACUGCUUCACACCACACUUGUUUACCAACAAGGGCUCUGAGAAACAUUUCUGGUAUCACAAUCUGCAAUGUCCUCAGUGAUCUCAUUUUCUUAUUUGGAAUUUGGUAAUGUAUGCAUCCAACAGGCUAUACAGAAAUAUGCAUUUAAUGAGUCAACACUGGUUGUUUUUAAAGCCAACAACAUGUACUGCUAAAUAUUAGCAGGAGGUUAUAUAAAACGAUACCAAACUUUAAAGCUAAAUUUCAGAAUUCACAUGUGUAUUCUCACGUAUAUAAAUAUAUAUAUUUCCUUGCCAUUUGCUCCAUUCAUGCCAUUUUAAAAUCCUUAACAUUAGGUAUAGGGCAUUCAAGUGUACACAAGUCAUUUUGCAUUGAAAAGCAGUUUUAUUAGGAAAAUUGUGUCAAAUUAUGUUAAAGACAAUUUGCAAGAGGCAAUGUAAAGGUUUUAAUCAAAAAACGGUUUAUUUUCAUAUAGUGAUUUUGUGUACAUGACAUUGUACCCUUUGUUCAAUAACUAUUUAUUUGAAGUAUUCUGAGAUCUGCCUGUAGCUCAUUGCCCAGAAUUUGCCAGUUUUGUAUCGAUGGACAAUCUGUUUUUUGUACAUUAGCUUUUCUCUCUUGUUCUUGGCCUGGAUUAUUUUCUAACCAAAUAAACUGUUUAAAAAUA